UCUUAUCCUUCCCGGAUAACAAUAUCACUUCAACUCAAACCCCGGUAAUCCAAACCGGAAAAACAAAAAUGGCAUUCUCAUCUUCCUUAUGGUCAUCUCUCUUCAUUCCGAAUCCUAACAGAAAUAACCGUUUCUCCACAUUCUCUCCCUCCUCUCCCGCCACUCACAAACUCUCAACAACCACAUUCGCCAUCCCUCCUCUCUCAACCGCAACAGCCGCCGACGUCACCGGCGCAAUCGACGGCACAACGAUCGCGGUUGUAAGCGGCGGCUUCGUCGCCGGUCUCACCGCGCUUCUCUCCCUAACCGACCCCGAGAGACGGCGGCGCGAGCAGGCGGAGGAAGUUGGAGGCGAUGAUAAGGAAGUUGUGAAGGAGUAUUUUAAUAACAAUGGAUUUCAGAGGUGGAAGAAGAUUUAUGGAGAUACUGAUGAUGUUAAUAGAGUUCAGAGGGAUAUUAGGUUGGGGCAUUCGAAGACUGUGGAGAAUGCGCUGAUGAUGCUGAAGGAGGAAGGCUCGCUUGAAGGUGUUACUAUUUGUGAUGCGGGAUGUGGGACUGGUUCGCUGUCGAUUCCGUUGGCUAAGGAAGGGGCUGUUGUGUGUGCUAGUGAUAUUUCUGCUGCUAUGGUCGCUGAAGCUGAGAAACAGGCUAAAGAACAACUUGAGUCAUCUGUGAUUCCAAAGUUUGUGGUGAGUGAUUUAGAGAGUUUGGAUGGAUUGUACGAUACAGUGGUGUGCCUUGAUGUUAUGAUUCAUUACCCUCAGAGUAAAGCGGACGGGAUGAUCGCUCACCUUGCUUCUUUGGCAGAAAAGCGAUUGGUUCUGAGCUUUGCACCUAAGACAUUUUAUUAUGAUGCACUGAAGAGGGUUGGCGAGUUGUUCCCCGGGCCUUCUAAGGCAACCAGGGCAUAUCUUCAUUCCGAAGAAGAUGUUGAAAGGGCGUUGCGCAAGGUUGGGUGGACGAUAAAGAAGAGAGGCUUAAUCGCUACUCAAUUUUACUUUGCCAAGCUUAUCGAGGCCGUUCCUAUGUAGCAAGGCUAGAGGAUUCAGAGGUAAGUUUUGCAUCAUUAGAGGAAAUUCUUAAUGUAUAUUAUAUUGUAAGCCAUUUUUGUGUUUUUUGUAUGCUAUAUUAUCCUAUGAUUCUCUGGAUAUGUAUAUUUAGUUUCGGAGAAUGGAUUUAAAAUUUGAAACUAGAUGUCAACUGAUGCAUCAAUUUAAUGUUAUCUUGCUACUCACCUCGGGUGAUGACUUUUCUUC